UAACUUGAACUCUAAGUCAAUUCGGCCGCCCCAUAUCGCAUGCCGCCAUCGUGCGCACGCCGCCCACGAAGCCUAUUCCUCGUCGGUCGCGGCUUCGCUUGCGUCUCUCGCACACGCGCGCCGCCUCCCUUUCGCGCGUGGCACCGCGCGCCCAGCUCUCUUAGUCCCGCUCGGUCGCGGCUUCCCCUCGCUCCAGUGUCGCCCGUCUCGCCUAAGCCUACACAGCUUAGGCCUUCGCCCGUGUACGCCCACGCGUCACCGCCCGCGCGCUCCGCGUGCUCGCGUUGCGUCCACCGCGCGUUCCUGCCACUUGCGCGAGUGUCACGCACGCCACUUGCGUCCGUCCCACUCGCGCUGUCAUCCCGUGCGCCGCGCGUUGCGCCCAGCGCCCAUGCGCUCAAAUCGUCUACCGCACGCCUCCGUGCACCGGCUUGAUACGGAAGUGGUCAUCAACCCCGGUGAGUCGAGCGAUGGAAUGGUCGAAGAUCUCGACAUGUGGUUGGAGAACAUGCUCGAUUGGUCAGAGCAGGUCACGGGGACUGGCGGCACGAGCGAAGCAGCGGGUGCACGCAGUUGCGCGGUAGAGGAUUUGGGCACGGGCGUUAAUGGUACGCGCGAACUGACAGGCGAGUGCGAGAAGGGUGCAGGGGCAUUGAGCGUGGGUAGCAACCGCGAGGGUGGAUGGGAUGCGCGGACGGCGGGCGGCGAUGACGCGGGGCGUGCUGGGCGUGCGGGUGAAGGUAACGCGGGCAGAAGCCAAAGCCGAGUAGGAGUAGGCGUAGCGCGCACGGACGCGCACGCGCGAGGAGCAAGAGACGAGCGCGUGACACAAGCCGAGGGGCAUCUCGAAUAUCUUGAAGGUUUGGAGAGGAGUUCGACUCUGGAUGAGCUAGAGUAUUUGGAGGAGCUCCACGAACGGAAGGGCACAGAAGAGAGGCGUGCCAAAGAAGCUGAAGAAGCCAAAGUCACGAGCCAUGGUGAUGAAGGUACGUUGAAUUUUAUUAUCCUUGAGGACAAGGGAGGUCUUGAAGAGGAGGGGAAUGAUACGGAAGUGGUCAUCAACCCCGGUGAGUCGAGCGAUGGAAUG